CAAAAUAAAAUAAAAUGCGUCGCCCGUUUAUGUGAGCCAAUUGCUUCGACUAAAUUAGUUUUUUUUACAGUCUGAUUGCAGUGUAAAACUUGCAAAUAAAAGUUAUAACAAGUAUGAACCUACGUUGGGGGCCAGCGUGCUCGCUGGGAACAAUUUACCUUCUUGCUACGUUGUCGUCUCUUGCAACAGCCAGCAAUGUCUACAACAUUUACUUUCCCAAACACAUCAGACCUGGAUUCAACAUCUCAUUUACGGCUGCAAUCAUUGAUAAUCCAAAUACCGUCCAAAUCUACACUGCGUUUAGAUCUAUGGACAAUUCUUUCAAUGUUGAUUCCACUGAUAACGUCAACAGUGGUUCUAGCGCAAGAAUUUCAAUGAAUGGGUUGCCAAUACAAUACAGUGGAAGUCACAGGUUUGAGUUGAACAUAACUGGCACAGACCUGGUUACAGGAGCCCAGUUGUUUUUCAACUCAUCAACAGACUUCCAGUUUGAAGCUAAAUCAAUCUCAAUUCUAAUUCAAACUGAUAAAGCUAUAUACCAACCAGGACACACAGUUAAAUUCCGUGCCAUUGCAUUGAAACCGGACCUCAAGCCACUUCAGGGAAAUGUCUCGUAUACAUUUAAAGAUCCAAGAAAUAAUGUUGUGAUGCUUGAACCAGAGGUUCCACUUAAUCAUGGUGUGGCUGGUGGACAGUUCUCACUCACUAAGGACGCAGUUGCUGGGAUGUGGAAAGUGGAAUUCAUAGCAGAGGGUUUCAAAGAAAGUUUAUCAGUUGAAGUAAAGCGUUACAAGCUACCCAAGUUUAAAGUUGAAGUCAAAGUACCUUCAUACAUCCACUCACGAUCUACAGGUCUCACUAUCAAACUUGAUGCAAAAUAUACAUUCGGCAAAGGUGUUCAAGGCACAGGGCUUCUUGAAGUAGUAGGAGGAUACCAAUUCCCUGUGUAUUAUGGCUUUGGUGGUAGAUUUGCACCACAACAACCAACACGGAAUAAAAUGAUAAGGCGUUACCCAAACUUUGAUGGAUCUGUUGAAUUGUUCAUCAGUACUGAUGAGAUAAAUGAAGAACUUGGGUGGAAUGGUGCAAGUGAAUCUAUUAUCACAGUAACUGGGUCUGUUACUGAGGCCCUAACCCGAGAAACAUUCAACGACACACAGAGAAUUGAUGCAAAAACAACAAACAUUAAAGUUGAAACACUCGUGAAGCCAUUAACCAUUAAACCUGGACUUAAAUACUCUGCCUAUAUCCAAGUUACUGAAGUGGAUGGGAAACCAUUGCCAGAAGAAGAUCGUUUGGCAAAUAAUCUGCUACUUAAUAUAGAAUACAGAUACCCACGUGGAGUGCCAGCGCCAGGUACUAAUACGACAGUAUCUGCAUGGUAUGCGUACAGAAGGGAAGAAACACGAGUAUUUGUCAUCCCACCUUCGGGGAUUGUUAAAGUGACGAUCAAUGCUCCUUCUGAUAACUUUGUUUCAAUUAGUUUCAGACCUUACACAAAUUCAACGAUGUCCCAGCGUUGGGCACAACAAUGGACGGCAGAGAGAGCAGAUUCACCCUCAAACUCAUAUUUACAAAUCACCACUGAUGAGAACAGUGUUGUGCCAGGCAAUAUGGCCACUGUGACCAUUAGAACAACUGAAGCUGUUUCUGAAUUCACUAUACUGAUUAUAUCUCGAGGAGAAAUUCUUUCCGAGCGAAAAUACCAAACUCUCUCCGGUCUACCAGAGAAUUCCCAUUUCUUUGAGUUCAGUGUGGAAUAUGACAUGAUUCCUGGGGUUCAGGUGCUUGCUUCUUAUGUAAGGAAUGAUGGGGAAAUUGUGGCAGAUUAUUUAAAGUUGACAGUCACGGCUGAACUGGAAAAUCAGGUCUCCAUCACGAGUUCCAGCACCAGUGUUGAUGCAGGAGAAGACGUGAGCAUUCGUGUACAGACUUCAUCAUCUGGUGCUUAUGUGGGAGCACGUGCCAUUGAUCAGAGUGUCUUGCUGCUUAAAUCUGGCAAUGAUAUUUCACAAGAAAGGAUUGUCACUGACCUGAAUCAAUACAGUGUUGGCCAACAAUUCAACUACAUGUGGAGGUGGUGGUGGUGGUACCCGACCCCAUCUGGUGCCAGUGAUGCCAGUGAUGUUUUCAAGAAAGCUGGAAUUCUAGUAUUCACUGAUGCUCUUGUUUAUCAGAAGCCAGACGCUAAUAUUUCCCCUUAUCGGCCUAUUGCGUUGGCCCGGCCAUUUGGGGGGUUUGCUGAGCGUAAUAUAGCAACUGCCGCAGUGGAUACCUCAACCCCUGCCACCCCUACUCGCACAAGGACAUUAUUCCCUGAAACUUGGUUAUGGGAUGAACGAAUUUCUGGUGCUGAUGGAUCAGCCACGUUCAACACAACUGCACCAGACACAAUCACUUCUUGGAUCUUCAGUGCUUUCUCUGUAUCUGACCAACAUGGACUUGGUGUCAGUGAGCAACACAAGGUCACAGUAUUCCGGAACUUCUUCAUCACAUUGAACCUUCCAGUUAAAGUAAUUCGAGGUGAACUGAUCAUUGUACAAGCAAUCGUGUUCAACUAUCUCAGUACUGAAGUUGAGGCUGUGCUCACUUUGACCGAAUCAAACAAGUUCGUCCUUCUCCGUCCUGGCAACAACAGUGCUGCCGUUGGUUUUUCACGUCGCAUCACUGUCCCUGCAUCUGGAUCAGUGUCUGUUAAAUUUCCCGUCCGAAUGGAAACACUGGGUGAAAUCCCAAUCACUAUGACUGCAAUAUCGGAAAUUGCAUCUGACGCUCUGACACGAAAAGUCUUUGUUCAGCCUGAAGGUAUCGCCCAGUGUACAUCUGGCUCGGUUUUAUUCCAACGCAUGGACGCUUCUGUCCCCCCUGAUAUGGAAAGCUUAAACAUUCAAAUUCCAACUGGAAUCGUACCGGGUUCAGAAAAAGUGAAACUCUUUGUAUACGGCGAUAUCCUUGGAAGUACUAUGAACAACCUUGGUAGCUUACUGAGGACCCCUAGUGGGUGCGGGGAGCAGAAUAUGCUCGGAUUUGCGCCAGAUGUGUUUGUGACUCUCUACCUCCACUCAGCGGGCAAGCUCGACGCCACAGUAAGAGCAAAAGCUUUCAAACAUUUCCAGACUGGUUACUCCAAUGAGCUAAACUACAAGCACAGUGAUGGAUCAUUCAGUGCGUUCGGUGAACGUGACGCCUCAGGCAGCACGUGGCUCACUGCGUUUGUUGCCAAGUGUUUCAUGUUCGCUCGUGAAUUACGACCCACCCUUGUCAGUACAAGUGUUAUUGACCAAGCUCUCACUUUCCUGAUCAACCAACAAAACACAAGCGGAACUUUCAGAGAACCGGGUCGUGUUUCCCACAAAGCUAUGCAGGGUGGAGUGGACAGCCCUAUCACAAUGACUGCGUAUGUUCUUAUUACUUUGAAGGAGACAAACUAUGCUGUGAAGAACAGGGCUGUGCAAGAAGCUGCAGAAAAUGCACGAAUUUAUCUUGAGAAUCACCUAUCAUCAAUUAGUGAGAACAAAUACGCGCUUGCUAUCGUUACUUACGCUCUGCAUGUCGCUGGUAGUUCCAGGGCCAAUGAAGCUUUACAGGCUCUUGAGGCACUUGCAACUGUACAAGGUGGAUUCAAGUUCUGGCACGAUGACUCAGAAUUACCCGACUCUUACUCUUCAAGAUGGCGCCCGUAUUAUUACAACCCACCCACUAAUGAUAUAGAGAUGUCAGCUUAUGCGUUGCUUACAUAUGUGAGGAGAAAUGAUCUGAAUGCUGGGAUACCUGUUAUGAAGUGGUUGGCAUCUAAGAGAAGCAGUCUUGGUGGAUACUCUGGUACACAGGACACAGUUAUUGCCAUCCAGGCUUUAUCAAAGGUUGCUGGGUUACUUGUGGGAAAUACACAGAACCUUCAAAUCAGUGCCAGCCAUUCAAAUAAUCCGUUUACUGCAAGUUAUAACAUUAACAGGGAAAAUUCAAUCGUGUUUAACUCUGUUAACGUGCCUGCUGUAGACGGUACUGUACAAGUCACAGCAACAGGUGUAGGAGUUGCAGUAGCACAGAUAUCUGUAUGUUACAACACACCUAGCCAACCUUAUGCAAUCGAGCCAUUCCAAUGCACUAACACUGUCGUUUCCACUGCUUCAAGGAAAGCCAAAGUCAACUGGUGUUGCAGUUUGAGGCCCGGGGACAACGCAACAGGCAUGUUCUUAAUGGAAGUUAACCUACCAAGUGGAUAUACUGUGGAUAUUGAUAACGAACGUACGAGAAACCCAUCAGCUAAGCUUGUGGAGAUUGAUGGAAAUGGAGUAAAUGUUUAUUAUGAUGAGCUUGCACCUGGAAGAGGUGUAUGUGCUGAUAUUGAGUUGCUUAGUCUUGGAAAUGGUGGUGGGAGUUAAGCAAGGAAAGUAGCUGCAUCAGAAUACUACCGGCCAAAGGAAAGAGUUGAGGCGUUGUACCAAGUAGAUGAAGCACCAGUUGUUUGCGAUUCUUGUUCCACCGACGAUAUUGCUGUCUGUUCAGUCUGCGCUGAUUGCGCUGGUUGCCCAGGUCCAGCCUUCACCCAGUGGUCUGAAUGGUCCGACUGUGCCUUCUGCGGUCAUUCCACCUCGUCCAGAACCAGAGACUGCCGAAGUCCGUUCUCAGACAAUCUAGCCAGCCAUGUAUGUGGAGGUGUUGGCUAUGAAUCAAGGGUUUGUGCCUCAGUGUUUCCAUGUCCAGAUACCUUUGAUGGUCUGUGGUUCAAUAUGCCGAGAAAUUUUCCAUCCUCUAUCAGCGUCCCUUUUUACGCACACCGGUGUAGGGUGGUAAGAGGUUCGAGGCAGAUCACAGAACAGAUUCCAGGCAUCGCACUAUCUGGCACGCAACACCUGACCUGCAAUAACUACGACAUCAAUCCAAAUAAUAACUACACUUUCUCAAUUCUGGUGAAGCCGAAUGCAUUCCGUUCAUCUGGACCAACCACUAUAUUUUCUUAUGGAAUGGAACACAAUUACGCAAGAGCACAUUUGGAAAAAGUUUGGUGGCGCAGUGAACUUCGCUUUAAAGUAAGAUCGGAUACUGGAAUGAGAGAAGUUCGUGGAGUAAGCUCGGAUCUCUUAAUAACAGACCAAUGGAACCAUAUAGUAGUGGCCGUGCCUUCCGGAGAUAAAGAGAACAUUCGUAUGUUUGUUAAUGGCAACGCAGUCGGAAGCACCCGAUCUUUUACGACCCGGUUUUUCGGUAAACGCGGAAGAAACCAGUUCUUCUUAGGACAGAACACACGAGGAAAUGCUUGGGCUAGAGGUUACUUCCAAGGUGGUUUGGCUGCUGUUGGGACUUGGCGUUCAUUGUUAACUGACCAACAAAUCACUGCUUUGUACGAAGCCUACCGGCCCGCCAUUGAAUCCAGUGAUCCACUUUCUGUGAAACUUCUCCGCCAUUUUGCGACCCAGCAGUUCAAGCAAUGCUUUCAAUCGCCGGCCACCAUUGAAGCUCUUUACAGGAGAUCAGCUGCGCCUGUUUCAUGCCCAACAGCUACCAUUACCCCACUGAUGCCUUUCCUGCCGACUUUAUGAGGCUAAAGCAACAUAAUAAAAUAACGGUGCUACUGAUAUACUCUUUUUGCGCCCUAUACGCUUGCUAUUACAAACCGCAUGAACUUGUAAAAUUUGAUUUAAAUACAUGAUGCAAUUGA